GUUUGUCACGCGCGUAACGUUAACGUUCCUUUUGCAAUAACCGCUGAAGAGACGCCCUCGCGGUUGCGUCAGCGUUAGAUGCAGUCGCCCUUCAGCGUAUACGCAUCCGCGUUUCUUAACAGGGCAAGCACGGCUAUAGAUCCUGCGUCUUCGACAUCAUCACAUCCACUAUUCUACUCAGCAACGGGCGGCUCCGACUUUGAAGAGGACGGGAGCCCAUUUAGGAGAGACAGUGGUGACGACACUCCAGGAAAUCGUAGUUUGCUCGAUGAAGAGGAUGGCCUCCCCCGUUUGGCUGGGGACGAUGCUAAGCUUUCAGCGACACUAUUUGAUGCCGGGGAAGAGGUGUCUCCGUAUUUGGACGAAUCGCAGAUAAAUUUGAACCCACGCGCCCCUCCCGAGCAAAACUUGUCACUGUCAAUGUCCCAUAUACCAUAUAGAGACGAAGCUGAUGACCUUCCUGUUGACUUGGAUAGCCUUCCUAUGAUGGAUUCGGAUGUCGCCAACUCGCUGCUUAAGCCUCCUCGGUCAAAUGCACCGGCUCAGGGGUGGCGAACGCAUGACUCUGUUUUGCAACCCUCUUUAAUUUCUCGCUCUCCUAGCAUAGCAUUACGGCCCGACACACCAUCAGACUCGUCAUCAAUAUCUGAUGCCCCACCAUCGUAUCUUCUCGAAUCCCCACAUUCACCUCCACCACCGAUACCGUCAACGCGCAUUGAGUUAUCAGCACAAUUGACCGAGUCAUUGCUACCUCGAGAUGGCAUUGGGCGUGCUCUAUUCCAUCUUCCAGAUCCAGAUAGGCCCAUAUCCAAGAGCAAAUACAAUGACAUAACAUGGAUGACCACUUGGCUUUGGGCUGUGACUGCGUGCGUCGUCGGUUGUCUGAUUUCUCUGGUAUUUACGAAGUCGAAUCCCAAACCCAGUGGCCCCGGUCCUGCCAUGCCCCUCCCAUAUUCUACCUUGACGCACACGAUACCGCUGCUCACGAUGCUCGUUCUUGCGAGUUCUGGACUUUCAUACGGCUUUCUUAUAUUAUUUCGACUUGCCGUCCGACCCAUGCUUGUCCUGGCUGCAUUAUCAACUCCGUUAUUCCUCUUCCUUUCGGCUGCGUACGCAUUUUCUGGGUCAUUCUUCUACAAACCAGGCGUAGAGCCCACCUGGGGUGAAACCGUCGGUCUUCGGUUGUUCUCCCUUAUCCCUCUGGGCUUUGCAUACCUUACAGGGAAGUCAUUCUAUUCUCGCUAUGAUAUCCUGUUGCACACUGCCUCAGUGGUAGAGCUAUCUACCUCUCUGCUGAUAUCCCACCCAAGUGUUCUGCUACUAUCCCUUGCGACACUCUUCCUUUCGUUGGUCGCAUCGCUGCCCUUUAUAUCACUCACGCUACGGCUCUUAUUGUUGGGCUACUUUGGCAAAUCCGCCCCUGAGUCUCCAUGGGUAUGGCAUGUGUAUAACUAUGCAGGGACCCUCGCUAUUUUGGUUGUGAGCAUUUGGCUGUGGAGCUGGGGCGUGUCUCGGGGGAUUAUGCGAGUUGUUGUCGGAGGCGUUGUCGGACACUGGUAUUUUACAGCUCAGGACCCUGCAUACACGGUGAUGUCGCAGCAGCAGGCCACUCGUGCAGCGUUGGCUCGGGCUGCAGGACCAUCUCUGGGUUCAGUCUGUGCUGGUGCCUUCACCUUGAACGCCAUUCGGGCAUCUUUGUCCGUCCUCAGAUGGAUGCGUAGAUUUACCACUCCACCUCAAUUACUGUUCUUACUCCCCCUUCACCCUCUUUCCUUCGUUGCAAACUUUAUCUCCGUAUUAGACUCUUUGAGCUCUUAUACUUUGGUGUAUAUUGGCAUUACUGGAAGACCAUUUUGGCUCAGUGCGAGGGAGACUAGAGGGUUCGUGGUUAACACUGACAGUGAAGAGGCCAAUGAAGAGGAACCAACAUCGAGUCGGCGUCGGCGGCGUGGCCGAGGUCAUCGUAUCAGUGAUUAUACUCUUGUCCAUCGGGGAUAUAUUUUUGCGGCACAUACUUUAUCUGGUCCUAUCAAUGCUCCUCUUGCCGCACUUACAUGCGCAAUUGUGACUUUUUUGACCGUCCGGUUUGGACUAUGUCUCUCGGAAGAUGCUGCUGACGCGAUGUUCCUUUGUUACCAUAUCGAUUUGCAAGCUGGUGCAAAGCAUCGGGUAGAUGUAUUCGAAGCUUUCGAAGGUCGUCCACGACGAGGUCCAAUGGCAGUCUAAUUUUCCUUCUACUGUCUUGUUUCUAGUUCUAAUAUUCAUUGAUCCAAACUCGUCUGUGAUAUGAAGACGUGAGGUGACCAUCCGCGGAGCUGAAGCUUGUGAAGAUCGUGCCCUCCCCGGGUGUCCCCCAUCCCCUGAAAGCCAGCUGCCCGAGAUAUACUGUCCAAGACGGAAACCACUCUACUCCCUACCAAGGAAUGCAGAAUGCAAAUUGACUAAGUUCCACGCCAUUGCCUACGAGUAUGCAGAGCACCCGGGUUGUUCAUCCACACCCUUACUUGUACAAUAGAUACUCAGACUAGGCCUAGUAGAUGCAA